ACUUCCGCACACGCGCAAUGGGGCGGCAACCGGUAUUCCGUAAUCUUCCAACCUGUGCAGAGCGAAGUGGGAACGCGGGUUUCGCCCCGAGUCUCUAGGAGAGCUCUGUAACCUGAUGUUUUAGAGGCAUCGCUGGGAGCGUGGCGGUGAAAGGCAGGUAGAGAUCACUGUGUAGGAGUAUGUGCAUCAAGCUGCACCUUUCCUGGUUACAAGAACAUCAUUGGCCCUACCAGAGCCUGCAAAAGGUCUCUGUGUAAGAGCUGCAGAAAAUGAUCAACUUGCAGGGAUCAGUGACAUUCCCGGAUGUGGCUGUGGACUUCACCCCAGAGGAGUGGCAGCUGCUUGACUGUGAGCAGAGAACCUUGUAUUGGGAUGUGAUGUUGGAGAACUUUAGAAACCUCAUCUCAGUGGGGGGCCCAGUUACCCAAACAAAAGCGAUCUUCAAGGCAGAGCAAGGACAAGAGCCAUGGAUGGGGGAGGGGGAGAACCCACGUUGGCGCCAUCCAGAAGCUGAUUGCCUACUUGUUGAUGAAUCAGAGAAGUACCAGGAAAGCAAAGACAAUUUUUUGAAUUCAGUUUUGUUCACGUUCAAUAAAAUGCUGACUGUGGAGAGACUCCAUGGUUAUAACAUGAGCACAAGUCUUAAUCCUACAAGAAAAAAAUCAUAUAAAUGUAAAUCAUAUGGGAAGAGCUUGCAACCUACUUUAGAUUUACUUAAUUAUAAUAGAUGUUAUAUGGAAGAAAACUCAUAUGAAUGCACUGAAUGUGGGAAAGCCUUCAAAAAGAAGUUUCAUUUCAUUAGACAUGAAAAAAAUCAUACAAGAAAAAAACCCUUUGAAUGCAAUGACUGUGGGAAAGCCUAUAGCAGGAAGGCUCACCUUGCAACUCAUCAGAAAAUCCAUAAUGGAGAGAGACCCUUUGUGUGCAAUGAUUGUGGGAAAGCGUUUAUGCAUAAAGCACAACUGGUGGUCCACCAGAGACUCCACACGGGAGAGAAACCAUAUGAAUGCCAUCAGUGCGGGAAGUCAUUCACUUGGAACUCCUCCUUUACCCAACAUGUGAAAUCGCAUACACUUGAGAACUCGUUUGAAUGUAAGGAAUGUGGGAAAACCUUCAGGUACAGCUCAUCCCUUUAUAAACAUUCUAGAUUUCAUACAGGAGAGAAACCGUACCGAUGUAUUGUAUGUGGCAAAGCCUUUGGUAACACGUCUGUGCUUGUUACACAUCAAAGAAUUCAUACAGGAGAGAAACCGUAUGGGUGUAUCGAAUGUGGCAAAGCCUUCAUCAAGAAGUCACAUCUGCUUAGACAUCAGAUAACUCAUACAGGAGAGAAGCCCUAUGAAUGUAAUAGAUGUGGGAAAGCAUUUUCCCAGAAGUCAAAUCUUAUCGUACAUCAGAAAAUUCAUACAUAAUAUUCAUGUUGAAUAUGACAAAGCCUUAAAUACUAGAUAAAUCUUAUUAAAACAGAAUUCAUGGUGAGAAAUCUAAAUGAGAAAUUUAAAUGAAUUUGCAAGAGUAGAUUCCCAUAAAAAAGAAUCAAUGCCAAUCAUGUUCUGGAAGUGAUAAUAAAGUUUUUACAGAAAAAGUUCACAGAAAACAUUGAUUUAUAAGUAAUAGAGCAUAGAGCUUAGAAAGUGAGCAUAAAUUAAUCAAGGAAUCAGUGAAAACACUUAUUAUCUCUGAUUUUUGUUUUUAUAAUGUAGAAUUAUACAAGUGUGAGUAUAAAAUGUUUAUGUAUUACAUUAAAUUAUAUCAAUUAAAGUGAAGUACAUAUCAUUUUUUCUUCGAAUCCUAACAUACAAGUGGGAAAAAAUGUGGUCUAAUAUGAAAUAUGAAUUUCAGUAAUAUUUUUACCUAUUUGCUGGCACUUUUAAUGGGCAAGGCAGUGUUACUGAUCUGUCUCCUCUUGAGUUAUAAAACUUGUUAUAAAGAUGUUUUCCUAUGUAUGUAAACAGCAAAACAACCAAUUUAAGGCACCAUUUGAGAGGGAAGAGCCGUUGUAUUCCGUAUUACAGUAAGUAUUCAGUUGAGGAGAAUAAGUAUUUAAAUAAGCUUGUAAAUAAAACAUUUGCACUUCAAAUACUCCUGUUUUUUCAUUGAUGUAUCUACAUAAGAUGUGAGUGUAGCUCAAGUAGUGUCUAUCACAGGUACCAUCUGUAUUUGAUUUUAAUAAGUAGGGUGUCAUACUUGGCAACUUUUGGGGAGUGAGUUUUUGGGUCUGUAUUUGUUUUAAGAAAUCAAUACAGGUUUAGCACCUAGGGGUGCCUAGAACUGUCCUUGUGAUAGCAUAGGCAGCAUUAAUCAAGUUGAAAAGAGCAAGUUUUUCUGCUUAGCAACUUGAAUCUGGAAUGUGAUAUUAUAUCAGUUACACCUGUUCCCUUAAAAGGACAAACCACCCAUUAUUUAGGCUAGAGUUUUUAUUGCUGUCCACAGUGUUCCUUGCUAAUGUCAAAAACCUUUAUGCCUUCUUGAGUGGUGACAAAACAACCUGAACCUAAAUUUGGAUAUCAAGCCUUUUCAAGUUUAAGCUGAGUUACAACUCUGUUGCAUUGUUUUUCUUCCAUUAGUCAUUUUUUGAAGAGUAAUGUUGUGUAAUGACUGUAAAUGAAUGAUAGUACCUUUUUGAACAAGCAUGCUAGAACUUAAGGAACUAAAUUAAAUCUUGUCUACUGACAAAAAUUCUUUGCUUGACCAAACUUUAGUCAGGCUCCCAAACCUUCUCCUAGGCCUUCUGUGCACUUCCUUGUAAAAUCUAGUUUUAGCAAGAAUCUCACUAAA